AUGAGCUUCGAAUCCUCUCGCUCGAAGAACAGUGCCGCGUCGUCCGGCGCCUCGAGGAAGCGCGGGCGCCUCUCCGCCAGCCCUUGGAGCGGCAGGGGAAGGAAGCCUAGGGCAGAGUCUGCAAGGACUCCCGGGGCUUCCUCGGGUGUCAGUGACCACGCUUCUCCCAGUUUUUCUACUCGGAGGGCACCCUUUUCUGACUUUCAGAGGUAAUUCGCCAUUCUCUCUCUCUCCUUCUUCCGGCUCUUGCGUAUGCAUAUUUAUGUGCACUGUGUUGUUAAGGUUAUAUUCCCUUCAAAUGGCGUGUCUCUGGUUGUGGCAGCUAUAUGAUGGCAAAGAACCGGAAGCUGCGAGACCAAUUUGAUGCGGACGCCUCCACUUCCUCCCUGGGGAGUGGUGAUGGGGAGAGUCGCCAUUCAGACAAUGAUGACGAUAAAGGGAUAUUUCAUGGGGUUUCUAUCUUCGUGGAUGGCUAUACUGUUCCUUCGAGUCAGGUGCGACUUACUCCCUUACCCAAUUCGGAUGUUUGGCAUCUUGGCUGGUUUAUUUGAUUGUGUCAAUUGGCAGGAGCUGAGAGCGUGUAUGCUGAAACACGGUGGGCGGUUUGAAAAUUACUUCUCGAGGCAGACUGUCACGCAUAUAGUGUGCAGCCACCUUCCUGAAUCUAAGAUGAAGAAUCUUAGGUCGACCCUCUACCCUUUUAAAACUUUAUGUUUGAACUAUUUUGCGCUGUCCAUUGAUGUCACUUUUCGGAUUUUCACUUUAUUAUAAUUUCACGCAUAUUUCAUCGUUUAUUUAUUGUUAGGUCAUUCAGCAGAGGCCUCCCAGUUGUGAAGCCUUCAUGGAUCAUGGACUCUGUGACUGCUAACAGACUCUUAAAUUGUAGCUUCUUUACUCAUAUGCUUCAUCUUCACAUGAUUUCAUUGCCAUCUUACAUCCUAAUCUGUCCAGAAGACUUUUUUUUUUUUCUGAAUUAUGUUCUUUUUGUAUAUGAAAUGGCCAUGAAAAUCUAAAUCAGUUGAUGCAUUUCCUGUCAUUUGUUGAUCUCGACUCAUUUCGAAGUUUCGUUUAUUCUUAAUCUUUUUCAGAAAUGUUACAAGCUUGUUUAGGAGAAGAUUCUAUCAUCAUUUUCAUUGGAACAAUAAGUUCAACUAUUGUUCAUGCUAAAGAGAAAUCAUUCGUAUCAAUCGUUUUCUUUCCUGAAGCUUGACGUUGGAUUCCAAAGAUAUCGUUACUGUCGAUUUAGGUUCCUUCCCUUUCUCUGAAUAGCUGUGCUAGCAGGUACAACGCACCCUCUAUCCCACACAUCUGACCAGCUUGCAUUGCUCACUGGUUGACCACUUGAAUUGGAAGGAUUCAGAAUAACUCUUAAAUUAUAAAAGUAUUUAUUUUUUAUUUCAAGUUUUUUAUUUAAAUAACUGCUACAUUAUAAAAAAGGUUUAAACAGAGUAAUUUCUGAAACAGUGUGCAUGAAUGUCGCAUCACUAUCCCACCAUCCUGACCGUGAUCUGAAGUCGCUUUACCCUUCAUUUUCUCCUUUUCACUCAUUUUCCUUUCUUCUGCUUAACAUUGAAGUCAUCCUUUGACACUGAUGAGCAAAGAUGGACUCCUCUCAUUGAUCUUGAGCACAUAAUCUAGAAAACAUACAUCUGUUCGUAAGAGUUAAUUGCAGAACCUCAGCGGUCUGCAGGUCAAAUAAACUUCUUGGACGAUUCCAAUUUUGCCUGCCCUUUUUUGGCCGGUUAGUACUUCCUGAAUAUAAAGUUUCCAUUGUUUGCCUCAUAAACUCUUCGUGGAAUACAUGCGAAAAAUUUCUUUCCGAUGUGGUUUCCUGUUGUGGGUAACAAGUUAUGAUUCUUCUCCCAGGGGUUCCAUAUCAGCUAGAGCAACUACUUACCGCAAGUCAUAAGCAACAGAAGUUGUUUGCAUUCUUUACCAUCAAAGGUGAAGUACGUUCCAAUGAUGCUACUAAUGGUACCAGUAUGAACGUAGAAAAAAAAAACAAAUUAAUGGACUCAAUCGGAUGCGAGACUGACAAAAUGGCGAAUCUGUCGAAAUGUGAAAGUGAAGGCUGCGCAGAAACUAACGAUCUUGGUUGUCAAAGUUAUUGUAAAAUGAGAGAUACAGAGAAAAAAUCGGUAGAAAUGGGAGAUGAGGGCAGUAUCACGGAAACACGCCAAGAGUCACUGCAAAGGCCUUCAUCUUCCAUCGCACAACAUUCGACUCUUGGGGAUCCAAAUUUUGUGGAGAACUAUUUCAAGGUAAACGUCAUGCGUAUUUUCUUGAUCUUGGCUCCAAUUAUUGUCUGGGACCACUGACAUGCCCCCCAUACGGUUUCUAAAUUCUUCAUUGUCGACCUUCCUUUUUUAAAAUAGAUAUUUUUUUCCUCUCAUAUGACAGAAACUUUUCUAGUUAUAUUUUCAUGAAGCAUAUUCUCAUGUAGCAGAUUUUCUGCUUCUUUGACCCCUUUAUUUCUACUUUUUUUCCCUCCACAAAUUGAUCUCUGUUUUUCCAUUUUUUUAUUUACCUAGUAAUUCUUUUACUGUGAAUGAUGCUACGAAUCUUUUUCUGAUUUGGAAGACAUAGUUAAGAUUUCUUGGCAUUUAACUUAGAUUUGAAAAGAUUGUGAGGACAAUGUUAAGGUAUAUUUACAAGUAUUUUUUGGAUCCGAUGUGUUGUGUUAUUCCAAUUCUUUGAUUUCAUGCAGCUGUGCUAAUGAAUCUGUACUUUCUCAGUGAUUUAUUUCUCUUUUGCAGUAGGCAAUGUUUUUUCACAAUGAACUUACGCAAAAGUAACUAAUGCAAUUUGAUCUAUUCAUAUGUUUAUGUUCCGGCUUUUGCUACAGGGAAGUGUUUGGGAUUUCUAUCUUUCUGGGCACGUUUAGUUCUAUAAAAGCACCAUUAUCCUUGAGGCCUUUUCAGAUUUUUUACUUAUUAAAUUGUUCUGCAGAAUUCGAGAUUGCACUUCAUUGGAACAUGGAGAAAACGGUACCGGAGGCUUUUUCUCAACAAUACACCUGAUGCCAGACAAAGAAAACUUUGUGUUAGCCAGUCUGGCUCUCAAAAAGCUGCCAUCAUUCAUGUUGAUAUGGUAAUAGUUUUUAAUAUUUACUUUGUGGUUAUCACCCUUUCAGUUCUAUGCUGGUUCUUUCUUUUUAAAAUUUAAUUAUUUUAUUAUGGUUGAACAAUAAAUGUCUGCUGAACUAAUUUCUCUUCUCACAGUCAUAGUAGCGAAAGUAUCCAUGGUACUUAUGAAACAGUCUGCUUUUUCAGGAUUGUUUCUUUGUGUCAGUCGUUAUCAGAAAAUAUCCGGAAUUAUCUGAUAAACCUGUAGCAAUAAGCCACUCAGACAAUGCCAAAGGGACAGCAGAAAUAUCCUCUGCAAAUUAUCCUGCUCGGGAGUAUGGUUGGUUUAAAAUCCUAUCAUCACUCUGUAUUCAUCCUUUAAUUUCACACUAAACCUUUGAUUUCAUUUGAGCUUAGGACUACAAGCUGGGAUGUUUGUUAGAGACGCAAAAGUUCUUUGUCCUCAUCUCACUAUUUUUCCUUAUGACUUUGAUGCCUAUCAGGAGGUAAAAUAGUGAUACGUUGAGCUUCCUACCAGUUGAUACUAUAAGUAUGCGAUCAUUUCUUUUUUUCACUUUCAACCCUUUAUUUUUGAGAUACUUCAGGUUGCCGAUCAGUUCUACACUAUAUUGCAUGAGCACUGUCCAAAAGUGCAGGUUUUUUUUCAAUUUCGCAGUUUUUCUUAAUUGCGCAUCUCUCUUUUUCCCAAGUACUAAUAUUUCUUGAUGGUUACAGGCAAUCAGCUGUGAUGAAGCCUUCUUGGAUGCUACAGAAAUAAGUGACGAUCCUGAGAAAUUAGCUUCAGUUAUUAGACAGCAGAUAGCAGACACCACGGGAUGCACGGCAAGUGCUGGAAUUUCUGUAAACAUGCUGAUGGCUCGCCUGGCUACUCGAGUUGCGAAACCAAAUGGUCAGUUUUUUAUCCCACCUGAGAAGGUAUGAUUCUGCAUCUGAGAUGGUUGUGAAUAGUUUUGAUGCCCUUGCACUUUUCAAUGUUGAAGGCACUAAUUGUGAACUGUUUGGGUGGUAUCCUUAUUUUAUUCAAUUUAUGUUCAUUUUGUGGUCACAGGCUUCAUGAUGCAAGCAGCUUAUUAGUCCCUUUUAGUUGCCUGCGAUUUAAAUCUCCUUGUUAGUUUGCGUUAACUAGUUUGUUCUGCUGGAUAACGUGGGAUUUAAUUGAACAUUUGAGCCAGUAACCUUCACCAGUGUGAUUCAUAAUAUUGAAUGUGCUGGAUGUGUAUACCAAAGAGUCGAUCAGCAAUAUAUGGUGGUUUAUUAGCUGUAUAAAUAUAUGAAUUUUAUGAUGUGAUCAGUGUUUGUCAAAUAAAUGUACAAUUGCCCUUGGUCAUUUUAGUAUUGACCUAAUACUUUUAGGGAAUUGUUUCCUGAAACCUUCAAAGAAAUGUCAACUUAUUGGUUGUUUUGUUCCACAGAUAUUUCUAAUAUAUCCAACUUUUGAUUUUUAAUGGGCGGAAAAAAGAUAGACUCAUGCAGUGCAAUUAUUAUUGUCUUACCACUCCUUUAGGCUUUUCUCUGUAUUCAUUUCGCUUGAUGUCCCAUGUUCAUCGACAGCUUUGAUGCUGUAAAUCAUUUGGAGUACAUUUGGGCUUUGAAAUGGUCACAUACUGUUGGUAUAUAGAAAAAGAUGAGCACAAGAGAUAUGGAAACACAUAGACACAAAAAAAUGUACCCUCUUCUGAGCUUUCAUGUUGAUAUAUCAGAAAUGCUCAAAAAAGGAUUCACAUAGUCACUGAAUUCAGUCUUCCCGUCUCCUUUAAUGAAUACUACAGAACUUCACUGUUCUGUCAGAUUCACUUGCUAUGGGCCAGUAUUUCAUUGAUUCAAUAACUUAUCUCAGAAAGGCUUUACAUCUCUUCUCACAUCUUUCCUACUUGAUUGCCCUAUGUACCUGGCAGAAGUCCAUUGUUUUCCUAAUAUGAUUGGAUAGGAUAUGUCUAGUCUAACAUUCGAAACUGUGAAAAAUGUCUUUGAAGUUCUUCCCCAUAAGGUCUUCUUUGUUAUACUUAUAACGUUACAUUCUCUGAGAAAAUGAUUCCUAUUUGAGAAUGCCAUAGGAUAGAGGUUGCACAUCACGUUUAGACAAGUUGCCUAAUUUAAUAAUAUGAACAGCCUUUGUGCAAUUCUCUAUGAUUUUUUAAAUUUUUUUUCAGGAAAGUCAACCUGAAUUCUUCCACCACACUUCACACAAUCUAUCAUCAAUUUUUUUUAAAGGAGAUUACUAUGAAAGUUGAUUCCCUUUUCCAACUUGGCAUAUUCUCUGGAAUCAAUAACCUUCAGUUCGUUGAUUCAUGUUGGAUCUUAGAAAGGACACUGCUGCAGAUGGCUGGAGGGAAGGAGAAGAAUAGACGAAUGGGGAAGAAUAAGGAAAAAAACGAAUAAAGCUUCUUUAGCACUGUUGUUGCUGUCAUUUAUUUAAUGUGGAGGGGUACAUAUGCCGCUGCCGUUGCUUAAUCCUCCUUUCUCUGUCUAUAUCUCGCUCUAGUGUCCCUUUCUUUCAUUUAUGUCUGGCAUAUAGACAUGGCGAACAAAUGAAAGAAUGGAAUCAGGUAAGGUGCGAGAAAGGCUGUAUUUUUACCUAUGGUUACCAUGUUAACAAUUCCUAAACAUUAAUCCUAAGCAGCUUCUCAGGUAGAUUUGUAUAGACACUGCUGAAAAAUAGAAUAUCGUUUUAAAUUUUUUGGCAACGGGAAUCCUAUUGUUUAUUGACUGACGAUAGAAGUUGAGGUCUGGUAGGUUAUGUGUGCAGUGGAUUAGUGAACUAGUGUUUUCCAGCCAAGAAAAAGUGCCAUCAGGAGAUCAAUGGCUGUCUUCAUCCUGUUUUGAAGAGUUUAUGGGGAGUAUGGAGUAGGUACAGCAGAAGUUGGUGGGGGUGGGGGUGGGGGCGGGAGGAUAUGUCUUGGGGGAAUCUGAAACCUUUCCAAAAUAAACUCAUGCUGUCUGUAUCUUGGGGGAAGUGGGAGCUUUUUACUCUAGUUGCGAUGAGAUAUCAAUUUGAUAGUUAUAUCUAAUAUGAUAAAUAUCUUAAGAGCAUUAACUUAAGGCUACACUAUUUGGUUUUUUUCUAAUAUAAACGUUAGAAAUUAAAAAUAAUUGUACACUCGCUUAGACAUUAUGUUCGUCUUGCAAAACUGGAAAUAUAUUAACCUUUCUGGUUUCAGAUUUGAGCUAUUGUUGCUCCUCUUUUCUGCUUAAGAUCUGAAAAGUAUGCUUAUUGUCACAGAUGUAGCAGACGUUCAAAUGUCUGAUGGCGCACUCAUUUCUCCAUUGUUCAUUUCCAAUAAAUUAUAAAAUUAAAACUUAAAAGAACUAAUACCCUUAUGAAAUUAUAUCUGCGGUUUAAUAAGAGACGGUGGUUUUUCGUCAUUACCUUUUACGAAUGUCAAUGUUAUUGCCUUUUCAUGAUCCAUUUAACAGAGGAAAAACAAUACCAUUUAAAAUCAAAGAGAAAGAAGAAACGAUUUUUUUUAACGCAUGAUGCAAAGCUCAUAGUUUGAUUAUGCUCGCCCGUUAUGGAUAGUAUCUUCUUUUAUUUGUGCUGUUCACUUAUGUUGCUCACGAACUAGUAUAUCAUAUUAUUCUGAUGCACUUUUCUAGUUCCUUUGUGCAUGGUAUUAGCUUAGUGAUGUUCGUUUCCUUGGAUGUUGUCCUGUUAUACUCUUUUGGGCCAUUAAAUAGAAACAUUUUGCCUGCUUAGUGCCAUUCUCAUUCCUUUUUAGGUUUGUCAUUCACAUUUUUCGUAGGUUUGCAAGGACUACUGUCGCUUAAAACGUUUAGUCCAUCUGUUUCAUUACCUCACUCAAAUGUGCUUGUCCUGCUUGCUUUAGGUUGAUGAAUAUUCUAAGGAACUUCCAGUUGAGGCACUUCCAGGCAUUGGCUAUGCUUUAAAAGAGAAGUUGAAAAGUCAUCAUAUAAAAACGUGUGCUCAACUACGCCUGAUACCGAAGGUUAUUCGCUUAUGUUGUUUUAUCGGUUCGCCUUAAUACUAUUCCAGAGUCAUAUAAUGAAAGCAUGUUUGAGGCUUGGGUUUUCCUUCUCGUUGUUUACCUUGGAGUUUUUCUAGAAUCAUAUGAUGAAUUUUGUCGUUGGUUUACACUUAGAUAUGAAGUACAACCCUUACUGCUCAACAAUGGUCUAAAUCCUUUGACAUAAUUACCAAGGUCUACAUGUAUGCUCUUCGUUAUCUCGUGUACUAUAUCUUUGUUAGUUAUCAUCAUUUGAAGUAUGCUAUGUGACUAUUAGCUCAUAGUUUGCAAAGGAAGAAAAAGAAGAAGGGAUGGUGGUUUCCUAGCAAGAGCAAUAAAGGGAUAAAAAUGGAGUAGAGAACGAAAAAACGCAUUUCCCGGAAGCCUUUUCCAUGGUGAGUAUUACCGACUAAUCACCAACGACAAGAGGGGAGAAGAAUGUACUUGUAUGUAUUUGAUAAACAUUCAAAAAGGCCUUUUUACAUCAGGUAUUUGCCACACCAUUGUGUUUUUGGCCCUGCUAGUAAACUAAUAUGCCGAACCUAAGAUUUAUGUUCUUGUUUGUUAAGUCUUACCCACUUUUAACCCGGUUAGACACACAACUGAAUAACCAAUUUUCUGAUUUUUUUAAAAAAAAUCAUGGUUCCUAAUCUAAAUAUCCUGAAUGGCAGAGAACAAACCAUCAAAUCUUAGAGUGUAUUUUCUCUGUCCGGUGCCAUUUGAACUUUAGAUACAGGUCAUCAAUCUGAUCUAGAUUACGCUAUCGUAGCUAAAAUGUGAUAAAUCAGCUACUGGUUCUCUUAAGAGAGAACAUCUUAGGAAUCCAUACCAAUAAUUCACAAUCCUUGCUAUGUAAGCUUUGUAUGGUGUGAACACUAUGAAUAAAGAGUUAUCCCUCCGUGCUCUAAAUGUACUGCUGGUGUUAUUGCACAUUGUAUCCCAUUUUGUAUUUCAUUUGUAGUUUGCAACCUUGUUCAGUCAUUGCCCGCCUGAGAGCUCUAUGCUCUGUUCCCAAGUUUCAUGAAAAUUUUAAUCCUUGAUGUUGACGAUGCCAUGCCCUCAAGUGUCUAUGUAAACAUAUUUUUUCAUUCUUCACUUUCCGCAAAGUUAGCUGCUGUUUGCUAUGCUGCUUUGUGGCACAUUGCUACCACCUGUUACAGGCACGAUUCUUUUUAGGGGUUGUAUCUUAGGAAAUCUUAUUCCAUCGUUUAUAAUAAAUUAUCUGUGUUAUGCAUCUUGAAUUGUCAAUACAUCCUUUUUAUAUUUUGAUACUUUUUUUUCUCCUCUCAUGGUUUUGCCAGUCUGGCUGAUCUGAUAUAAAUGCUAGGUUGGAUUAGCACUAGCUUAUCUGGGAUAAUAUUGUGAUUAAAAUCAACCUUGUAGAACAUAGCCAAAAAGGUAGACCACAUGAAGUGAAAUAACACGAGGGAAGUCAUCAUGGACUGCAUUUUCUCUUUAUUGAUGACAUUCUGACAGGAAGUGGUGCACUGCCGACAACAGAUGUUACCUGCAUACAGAGCAAUGGAAGAUCCAACUUAUGAUUCAGCAGUAUAAUGUAGAAGUUAAUUAUUUCAUAAAACAUAGUUUAUGUUAUUUGAUUGAUUAGAUUAUCAUGGAUUUCAAUAAAUUAUUUUGAUUGAUCAUAUCAUCGUGGAUUUGAUUUCAUACCUUGAUAAUAAGCUUAGUACGAACUUGUUUGGUUCCCUGAACAUUCGUUCAGCCUUCCUUUUUCUUUCUGGCUGAGAAAGCAAUGUUAAAUUCAAGCUUAUAUUCUGUGUUUUGCUCCAGGAAAUACUUCAGAAGGACUUUGGCAAGAAGGUUGGUGAUAUGCUGUGGAAUUAUUGCCGGGGAAUUGAUCAUCGAACAGUUCAUGUAGUUCAGGUUUGUCAUGACAUCAUGAUUCAUUUUUUGUCAUUAGAUGGCUUAACGGUAGUAAUUAGCUAGACUGCAUUAGCUACCUAGGACCUUUUUCAAAUAAGUAUAGGUCGCAUAAUCCUCAAUCAAAAAGCAUAUAGACUAUUUAUGCACAUUAAUUUUUCUUGAUCCUAAAUACGUGAUGGAUGAUUGUAAAAUUGCCAUAUGUUCCAAAUAUUCCUUAGGCCUCGUUAGUGAUAUUGAUGAGUGUUCACCAGGGUACCAACCAUUAUAUCAACAAUGGUAGUACAAUGCCAAUGGUGUUCUACCACUACAUCACUCUUUAUUGCUACCAUUAUAUCUGAGUUUCUUGAAGAUGCCAGUGCAGACAUUCCUUGGUCAUGUCUUUGUAUUUGCUAUGUUGAUGACCUGCUGGGUUGAUGUCUAUAUUUUUUGGUAGAACAGUCUCUCUUUCAAUGAGAUAAGUCAUACUUUUUUAUGAAUAUAUGGGUUCUCAUUGGGAACCGCUUUUGAGUUGUUUGGCCAGACUCUAGGAACAGGAGUUACUGACUGAGAUGAAAAUAGUCAGUGAGAGUUCCUUCCAAACCCUGAUAUCUUGGCCUUUCCUUAUCAAGGAGGCAUGAUUUAUACCUUUUCACGCAUCAAACCUUGAAAUAUAUCUCAGGGACCUUGGAAGUUAUGGGUGCUUGAAGAAUAAAAUAAAUUCUUUUUUCUCUUUCUGGUAUGCUGACUUGACCUUUGAAAUGCCUUCAUACUGUGUAAGAACCUGUAAGGAGGAUGGUGACAUGAAAGUUUGUGCACUAGAUUUGAGUCAUAAAAGAAGUGGGUAGUUUUGGGCUGGGAGGCUCUGUUAGCUGCUUCUUAAUCUAAUUAAUAUAUUUUAGUACUAAUGAUAAAAAGAUGACCCCUCAGUUGUGAACUGAACAGGGAUCCUGAUAGAGAAAGAAAAAUACAUUCUGGAAUAAAAGUACAGAAUUUAAAGUACUCUGAAAUGAUCUGUUUAACGUAUUAACUUUCAGCGGUACAACUAACUUAUAUUUCUUCUUUUAUCCUAAAGUGUAGUGAAUUCUUUGAGCUAUUGUUGGAUGCUUGUUCUCACCAAGUCAUAAAUGGAUUGAACAGGAAAUGAAGUCUGUUGGUGCUGAAGUGAAUUGGGGUGUUAGGUUUAGAAAUGUGGAAGAAGUAAGCUCCUAUGCUUGGUUUUGUUUUCCCCUUUUCUUCCCCAUCAGUUGCGAAGUGUUCAAUAUGGCCUAAUCGUUUUCCUAUCUCAGUGUCACUAUUUUCUUACUAGUCUUUGCAAGGAGGUCUCCUUGAGACUAAAGGGAGCUGGAGUGCGAGGGCGAACUAUAACGCUUAAGGUAUCUUUUCCAUUUUGAUAUUGUUAAAAUUUUCUGAAGUUGCAGGAAUUUAGUGUUACACUUCCAUGCUUCUUUAAAGAUGAUUAUAACAGUUUUAAAACCGUUCUGUGUUUUAGUUCUGAAGGUUUCUGUGUGAUAAAUGGAGCAUUAAUUUCUGUUCAUACUAAUCUGACUUGUAGGUAAGGAAACGAAAAAAAGGGGCUAGUGAACCUAUCAAAUAUAUGGGAUGUGGAGAAUGUGAAAGUAUGAGCCGCUCCAUGACGGUAUUGCUGAUUUCUACGCUCUGUGCAUUCCUUGUCUCUGUGCAUCGGUUUUGCUUCUCUGAUUGGCUCCUAUUUAGGUUCCUAGUGCCACUGAUAAUGAGGAGAUGCUCACAAAAAUGAGCAAAGAGCUCUUUGGUUCCUUUCAUGUUGGUGAGUGAUUUAAUUAUUUACCAAUUCUAUUUGUUUUUUAUUUGAUGCAGGAAUUAUUUCUUAACUGACUAUGCGUUGGAUAUAAUUUUUUUUUCUGGAUUUCUAGAAAUUGCUAUACCAGGAAAGUUCGCUUACUGUGGAAACUGUUGUUUUUAUAGUUGCAGACAUAGCAGAGAAAGGGGGAGUGUUUUAAUUUGACUAUGUUCAUGAAUGUAAUCUGAGUCAUUAAAAACUAUUUUGAGACUGUCAACAGAAAUCAUGGAUGGGAGGAUGACUGAUACUGGUAAAGACUGACUAAGUCAGAAAGAAAUCCAAAAGAGCUCAUCCUAGAAUCAAGACUUUUACUGGGAUUUAUAUUGACUAAUUUUGAUGAGUUGUUUUUUAAAAAAAUACUCAACUGCUGAUUUGGGGCAAUCUCCUGAAGUUGGAUUUGAAUUGACAUUGUCAAUUAGUGUUAAUUUUCUGAAAACUAGAAAGGGAGAGAACUGAAAACACAUGAUAAACAUCACCUUGUCUUUUCAAGAGUAGAAUAGAAUUACGGUUAUUUAUUUAAGUUUUAGAUUUUGAACUUGAGAGUGAUGCACAUGUUGUUUCUUCAUUUAUCAAUUUUUUAUCUUAAUAGUGUUUAGAACGUUUUUUUCUGUUGACAAGGUUUUUUCUCGUGCUGAUUAGAUUCGUACUUGGUACUAAGCUGCUAUAAUGGCUAUGCUAAUUUCGAUUCCGGGGCUAACGCUCAGAAACUGGUUUUUUUUUAUUGCUUGUUAUCACCAUGUGCUCGGAUAAAUGAUUGGUGAUUGAUAAUUAAUAUGGCAUAUGGUGGAGUAUAAAUAAAAUUUAAAAUUUAGAAUGGGUGGCAACCAUAAAUUCCGACUUUACUUUUUUGAUUCAAAUCUCGCGUUUUUAUUGGAUUUAGGAUUUUGCUCGUAGGAGGAUCAUAUGAAUCCAUUAUUUACAGGAAUAAUUAUGAUAUUCACCUUGUUUAUGCCUUACGAUUCAACGUAAUAUUUCUCUAUGGUUAACCUCUCAGUUUACUAUUUCAAAGAUCAGACCAUAAAACUCAUUCCGUGAAGAUAUCUUUUUUGUACCAAAAAAAGCAUUAACUCUUCUUCAAAGUUAUCAGCUUUAAGUCAGAGAAGUAAAGGAGAUCUAUGCUUGAAACCCAUUUUUAUAAAAAGAUAGCUGCAGAAAAUGACUGUAGUGUAACUUCUUAGACUCAAAGAUGGCUUCUAUCUUGUUUAUCAAUAAAUAGAUUCGAAUCAGGGGAAUUUAGUUGAUUCCUAUCAUUUUAUUAUCUCUUCUGAUCUUGGACAACCUUUCAUGUCAGAGGCCAAGGAUGUUCGUGGUAUUGGCUUGCAGUUAUCAAAGCUUGAGUCUGCAGAAAUAAGUAAAGUGCUGUCAGAAAUCUCGUUGUUCCUUACUGAUAUAAUGUUGAUUGGUGAUGAAACAUCCUAUUUUUCCAGACAUUUUUUCUUUAAACUUGAUGAUCUAAACAUUUAGGGUUGAAAUUAAUUCUAAAGAACCAAUAAAGAAUGGCAGAAGAGGAAGAACCAAUAAAGUAUGGGAGGUGGGUUACGAACUAGAGCCUUCGAGUUGCCCCCCCUCCUGGGGUUUUCUACGACUGAAUCAGUGUUACAAGGAAAAAACUUAUUCAUACCUCUUUUACACGAGAAAUAUUUGGACGAGUUUGAUAGAAAGGAAGAAAUAGGAAUCCAGUUCACAAUAAGAGGGGGGUCCGGCCAAUAAACCAGAUCGGUCUGUCCAAUGAACUAGACAGUUUAUUCGAGCUAUGUAUUCAAUAACUCAUCUUAGAGUUGGUCCCAUUAGCUACACUCAAGAUAUGGCUUGCCAUUGUCUAUCCUUCUUGACUCCUGAGUCAGAAUGCCAUUUGUCUAUUAUUUCUAGCAUUUGACAGCCAUGCAAUCAUCAUUGGCAUCAUUAUCAUUGUCGUCAUUGUUGUCAAAUCAUCACCAUUACCUUAUCCAUGUCAAGCCUGAUUUUUGAAAUAGCUGUGUGGAUUAUUUAGAUAGAUUAAAUCAGUUGCAUAAAUUUCAUUGGUUGGCAUUCCUUUUCAAAUGUUCUGCAGUUUCUCACUUAGUAGUCUCCCGACGGAGGUAAGUCUCUGAAAUCUUCUUUUGAUAUGAGUAAGGAGUCAGGAAACCUCCAUCUGAGAGUUGUUUUGAAAGAUGAAAGGCACAAAGAGAGGUUUGAUUAUUUCAUUCCGGGACAUUAUUUUCAAUAUAAGUUGAUUAUCUAUGUUGUUCAUUAUAUGCCGAAAACUGAACUAUUUUUUUUAUGUUUCUUCUGGGAAGUCGUCUUUUAGCCUUAUUUUUUCGUAAAUUUGUUGAAGCACUUUUAGUUUUUAUGUUCUAUAAAUGUGAAUACCUAAUUCUCGAGUUACUGUCUGCAUUAAAGGGCACGAAGCAAAUACGCUCGAAACAUGGAUUGCAUCGUCCUCAGAAAAAACUUUAGGACAACUUAGGAAGGAUGCAGAAUUUAAUGAAGAGAAAAAAGCAGGUAAAGCUCAUACAAAAACUAAUGCGUGCUUAUUUUCCCGAUUACAUGAUAUUUUUUCAUUAUUAAUGAUCUUUUGGUUCAACUACAUCUACUUUUUGAUAACCUGGCUGGUUUAUUUUUUCCAUGAUUUUUCAGAAGAAACUAUAAGGUUGUGUUGAGAACUUUAUUGCUACAUUUGUUUUUGUUCCAGAGCCUAAUAUGGUGCACAUGACGGCACAAUGCAACUCUGAAAUUGCUGGUUAUGCAAGUCAUCUGUCCAAUAAUGAUCCUCCUCCAUGCGUUAAUCAAGCUGGGGAUACAUCUUGGGCGAACCAGUUCUCUUUGUUGCCACCAAUUGGUCACCUUGAUAUAAAUGUUAUAAAAAGUCUUCCACCGGAAAUAAUUGCUGAAAUGAAUGAGAUAUAUCAUGGGCGGUUAUCUGAGUUCAUCAGGAAACAUGAAGACAGAAUUGAUCAGGGAAAUGACGAGUUCUCAACCAUGCCUAAUUUAGAAAACAAAAGAGCACAAUUGUCAGGUAUUUUCGUGGAUCAAACUCCAUGGGCGAAUCUUGAGAAGAUACUGAUUUUGCUCGUUAAUAUUCAACUGCAGUGGACAAGGGUAAACGGGCUAUUUAUUCCUCUGAUUUACCUUCCUACAAAACUUCCACUGUAAGUACGGAUGGUAUACUUCCAGCUUACUCUGAUUCUUCUUUUAAUUGGAUUUUAUUGGAGAGAAUAAAUCAAAUCAAAGUGCAUUAACGUCUUUAUUAACUAUAUUUUUCAUUUUCCUGAAAUGUAACCUUAAUGGCUAACCUUGAUGACUUAUGUUGCAUGUGUCUAUUCAGAGUCAAGUGAAUUAAUUUUUCAACAUGGUCAAAAUCUGUGAAACCUGUUAUGUAUGAAGCCUGAAGAUUGAAAACCAAGGAUCUAUGAUAUCAGAAAAUAACGUUGGCUAACCUUACAUGCGUUGCUUAACCUUAAGAUUGAAAACCUGAAGUCUUGUGAUUGAAAACCAAGGAUCUUGUGAUUUAGGCAUAUCUCUGUUCUUACCAGAUGUCUGAAUUGACCUCAACCAACCUUUUGUCAAAAAUGUUAUGUUCCUGAUCUCUAGAGGGAACCAGACUCAAAUGUCGCAGGCUGUUUCAAGCAUCUUUUAUCAUUCCACAAAUAUUAUUCUUGAUAACUUGCAUUCUUGAAGGACCUUUUGAUGUUACGAAUCAUAGAGCUGUGAACUUUCAUAAAUUAUGGUAAAGCAUUGUAUUUCAUGCGAGAAGUUUCUAGUUGAUUGUGUUGGUCUUAUUUCGUGUUACUUACAUAGGAAAAGAUUGAAAGGGUAUGUGCUGCUUUUGCAACCUAGAUCACAGACUGUCUGUGGAUAGAAGUGUGUAUGAAUCAUUUUUAGCACUCGACACAUUUAAUUGGGCAUUCGUUGAAGGAAAUCCUUGGUACAAAGGUGGGCCAUAGUGAAAUGAGAUGAGUCAAGGAUUGUUAUGCUGUUGAAAAAAUGAAAGCAUGGGGACAAGUGGGCUUUGAACUCGUGGGAUAGUUGACUUACAUGCGUUAAUUUUCUGCCUAAAUUACAUUUCUGUUCAUGUAUUCUUCAUUUCUUUGAUAUGGCAGCAUGUUACUGACGCAACUAGGCUAAUGGAUCAAGAUAUUCCAGAAGAAAAGUUUUCACGAUUGCAGUUUAGCCUGGAUGAUAAUGAGGUACGUGCCUAUCUUUAGUUAUGUAUACCAUCUUUUUUUCUCAUUUAGUAAUGAUUUCACAUCUUUUGUCACCAGACUAAACAAGAGACAGGAUGUUCAGUUCUCAAAACUGUUUCUUCUGUGGGUAUUGAUAGAACUGAUUUGAUGCCUUCAUCUUUAAGCCAAGUAGAUGAAUCAGUGUUGGGUCAAUUACCUGAAGAAGUUGAAAUGUAUUUACGAGACUUUCUCCCUGCACAUAGAAAUUCAGAUAGCUUUGGUGGUCCUUCAGGGAGUUCAAUCAAUGAGUCUCGACGUCAGCAUGGAAUUAAGAGCACAGAGAAUUUUGAUCUCCACCUCUGGAUGGGAAAACCUCCCAACUGGGUUAAAUAUUUCAAGCGUAGCAGUUGCCUAAUUCUGAAUUCUAUUGCUGAGAUACAUGCUGAUACUGGGAUGGAAAAUCUUUUAUCAUCCACAUUGCAGUCGCUUAUUCUAUCUAUUCCUUCUUUGUGUUCGGAAAAUGAAGAAUGGGAUGAUGAAGCUGUUUCGAUUGGGUGUGAAUUUCUGAGACAAUAUAUAGAACUGAAAGUUGAUACAGACAUAGAAGAGUUAUACAUUUGCUUUCGUAUUCUGAAAAGGUACUUUGGUUAUCCACAUGCACUGUUAUCUUCAAUUUUUUGCAUUAUUAGGUAUUUUAUGUUGAAAAAUGGAUGCUUUUUAUUGUUUUAAUAGUCUGUUUGCUUUCAUACUAGUCAAUUUUUUUCUUAAGUAUCACUAAUUACGUGGUAAUGUAAAUAUGGAGUAUAGUAUAUGCUGGUAAUGAACUUAUCCAUGUGGUAUUAGAUAAAGUUGUUAUAGUUGUUUGAAAUUUAUAAAAUAUUGAUGUAUGGUAAGAUUAGAAACUUGUCUGUAUUGUAAUCAGGUGGCCCAUAAUCCACACGCUCCACAUUUUUUCGCCCAUUUUUUGGCUGUCCACUAAAUGAGUGAGUUAUUCGUUAGUUAAUUGCCACUGACUAUUGAGGAAUAUUAUUUCUUCAGUUAAGUUGGUGGUUUUUCUAGUUCAAGUGGUCAGUUCAUUCAUUUUAUUUUAGACCUUGGAACUUGUAGCUUUUAAGUUCUUUUGAUUGUGAAAAUAUUUCACAUUUCACCUCAUAAUUCUUGGUUUAUUGAAGUAGAAAUGACAUGCAUAAAACUAGUCUUGUGUGCAGUGUUAAGAGGUGUGCGAUUAUGUAUACAUUAACUUUUGAGGAUUGUCUUCAUGUAUGUUCUCUGGUAACGUCAAACGUCUAUUAGUGUCAUUUUGGUGGAUAAGAAAUUUUUUAGAUGAGUUUGAUAGGAUAUGGUGAUGGAUUUAUAGAGGUGGUCAUUUUUGCUAUUCUUUUGGCUUGUUUUUUAUGGUCUUCCUUUUCAUGGACUACUCUCUCCAAAACGGCAGUCUCUAUUAUUUGUUGUCUUUCAUUCAAUAAACUUCUGAAUGACUGAUUACUCCACUUUAGUAAAUCCCCUUAUAUUUCUUUUUUCCUGAUAGUGUCGAGAUGAUGUUUUCUUUCAAUUCAGAUUGAACUCAUUCAACAUUUCUUUUAUAAUUGCAGGCUGACAAAGCACUCCCUUUUUUUUUCAUGUGUAUACAAUGAAGUUCUUCCUUCCCUUCAGGUGCCGUGAUGCCACUUUCUUUUUCUUGUUAGGGACAGAUUAUUUUCUUGUCCAAAGAAUCCUAUAUUUUAGGUUACUGUCAUUUUUGAAUAUUUCGUAGGGUUUUUGUUGUUGUUUUUGCAAUCAGAUCAAAUGACAGUUAUAGAGGAACGGUUGUAUGAGUUACAAAAUUAUCCCAAAUCUAUACCUUUUGAUUUUUAUAGUCCAUUUUCUAUUUCUCAAAAUUAAGAAGAAUCUGUAUUUCCUUUUUUAUGAGUAAGAUUUGUUUUUGCUGAAUGAAAUCUCAUAAAAUGUAGAGAUGAUCUCAAGGAUAUGGUGAUAAUAUUUAUUUUCUCGUUAUAAUAAUACAAAUUGAGGUAAUAAUCUUUAUUCUUUUAUGCUGGUUGUUUGUUGUUUCUGAUUUUGUGCAAGUUUUCAUAAUCUUUCAUUAUUCUUGAUAUUAUAUAGAGUAUAAAUUUUCUACUUGUUAAACUGCUCUGUAUUAUUUCGAUUCAAACACGAGUUCUGCUUGCUAUUUUAUUUUUUGUGGAAUUUUAUAUAACGCCUCUUCAUGUGGUAAUAUCCUACUAAAAAUUUGAAGCAUUAUUCAUAAAUUCGAAAAUUUCAGGGUGCUGUUUGCAAAAACUAUGGAGGGAUGUUUCAGCUUUCCUUUGCCGAGUGA